UGGGGGUGGGGAAACCGUGUGUAGCAGUCAGUAAAAUCAGAGGCUUUUGUCGCAUUUAGUCUGAACGAGCGAUGGGUGUUUGUGUCGGUUUGAGGUGCAGGUUUGCUGUGACCGCGGCUCGCUUUAGUCGCACAGAGCGGGUGAGGUGCUAGUGUGGAUAAUAUGUUUUAAUGAGUAGUUCAGCGAGUUGGUCAGGAGCUCGCCUUCUAAGUCCACCUGAACCGUGGACACUUCCAACAAAUCAGAUCGUGUCGAAGCGCACACUGAGUUCAUGUUUGAGCUCUUGAACUGAGUGACCUUUUCAUCCGUUUGUGGAAUGUGAAGGGUGCUGAAGCAAGAACAGAAGCAGGGCCAACUAGUCUUUAUAGGAUUAAUUGUACUUCGCAUGAAACAUUAACUUUUGCACUCCACAGAUGCUGGUAGAUCUGUUGAGCCUCUCCAACUGCGUCACUCAACGUAGCAAAUAGUCAUGAGGUUCAUGCACACCUACAGCUCAGGACUUGCGUAUGUAUGGUGAAGGAGCAGUUUACGUGGUCGUAUCCUGUUAGUGACAGAAGAUAGGAGCAGGAGGAGGCCAAUCGAGUCCGAAGAGCCUAGGCCCGAAACGUCAGCCUUUGUGCUCCUAAAAUGCUCCUUGGCCUGCUGUGUUCAUCCAGCUCUACACUUUUGUUAUUCUGCUCCACCAUUCUUCACGAUCAUGGCUGAUCGUCCAUUCAAUAGCCUGCAAAUAAAUCAACGUUUUUCUAGCUACCAUCAGUUCUGAGGAAGGGUUGCUGGACCUGAAACGUUAACUCUGACUUUUUUUCUUCACGGAUGCUGCCAGAUCUGCCGAGCUUUUCCAGUAACUUCUGUCUUUCUUCCAGAUUAACAGCAUCUACAGUUCUUUUGGUUUCUUUCAAUAUAGCCUAAUCCUGUUUUCUUCUCAUAACCUUUGAUCUCAUUUGCACAAGUGCCAAAUCUCACUGUCUUUUGAACACUCCUCAAUGCUUUGGCAUCAACGACUUCCUGUGGUACCGAAUUCCACAGACUUAUCACUGUUUGGUUUUUUAAUCAAGGAGCCAAGGUUCUGUACCAAAGUAAUGACUCUGCUCAAGUCGUAAAGCUGUCUGAAAUGCAAACGCUGAUGCUGCCACCUGGAACAUUUAAGGGUAAACUAGCCUUUAUCACCGGUGGAGGUACUGGACUCGGGAAGGGAAUGACAACUGCCCUGUCCUCUUUGGGUGCUGAAUGUGUUAUUGCAAGUAGAAAACUGGAUGUUUUGAAGCAGACAGCAGAAGAAAUCUCUUUGCAAACUGGAAACAAGGUUCAUGCAAUUCAGUGUGAUGUGAGAGAUCCAAACUCUGUGAAAUCUACAGUGGAGCAAAUGUCUAAAGUGGCAGGACUUCCUGAUGUUAUUAUUAACAAUGCAGCUGGAAACUUCAUCUCGCCCUCGGAACGACUUUCUGCUAAUGCUUUUAAAACUAUUGUAGAUAUUGUUCUUAAUGGUUCUGCAUAUGUAACUCUAGAAAUUGGAAAAGAACUGAUUAAAGCAAAAAAAGGUGCAUGUUUCCUCUCUGUUACUACCAUCUAUGCAGAGACUGGAUCAGGAUUUGUCAUGCCCAGUGCCUGUGCAAAAGCGGGAGUGGAAGCCAUGAGCAAAUCACUUGCUGCUGAAUGGGGCCGAUACGGUAUGAGAUUCAAUGUGAUUCAGCCAGGACCUAUUAAAACAAAGGGUGCCUUUAGCCGACUUGACCCAAAUGGUACGUUUGAAAAAGAAAUUCUGAAGAGAAUUCCAAUGGGCCGCUUUGGUACAGUCAGUGAAAUUGCCAACCUUGCUGCCUACCUCUGCAGUGAUUAUGCCAACUGGGUUUCAGGAGCAGUCAUUAGAUUCGACGGUGGUGAAUAUGUUUACAUAGCUGGCGAAUUUAACAGUCUACAGAAGGUAACAAGUGAACAAUGGGAUCUGUUAGAGUCACUGAUCAGGAAGACCAAAGGUUCCUGAAUAUGGCAUAAAUCUUGCGAACAACUAAGCAGAGUUUCAACAAAUGUAUGUCAGGUGUAUUACACCAGGCAUCUUGAUAACUUUGUUAGAGUAAAUAAGUGGAUUUAUUUUGAUUUAUUUUCAUCAGUUUCUUAAAAUUAAUUUUUAAACCAUUGAAACAUCUUCUAUAGCAACAAUUUUUAUGCACAAGAUAAAGUUCAUAACAGUAAAAAAAAUUAUCAACGCUUGUAGAAUCAUAGUUUGACAAUUGUAAUAUUGCAGUUUUGCUAGUCUAGUCAGUCCAACCACAAGGCAGAGUUAAACUGAGUUACUCUGAAAAUAUUUCCCAGGUAACAUCUAACAAAACACUCGUGUGAGGUCCAGGGAUAGAAAUUGAGGAUGAAUCCUUGAACUUGUAAAUUAACUUGUAAUUAUUUUUGAAAAGGAAGAGAUACAUAAGUGUAAUAGUCCUUUGAAAUGUAUCAUAUGAUAUUAGCUUGAAAAAUAAUUUUUUAAAUGAUAGGAUUAUAAGAUCUUGAUAUCAGUUUAGUAUAAUUAAAACUUCUAAUUACUUAUUUUCCUUUUGAAAUAUAAUAUUAAAGGUAAGUUUAAAGCCACUGCCCUACACACUGCUCCAGUGACCACAUUGUAAGCAAAAAGUUUAAGUCUGCAAUCAUUGUUAAAUAUACAGAACAAUUUUAUCAUGCAUGUUUUUAUGUCUUGUGUAUUGUUAUAUGUUGUUCCAGCUUUCUUGGCUGUUAUACCUUACUCAUUCUCUGUUUGCUCAGCCUCUGAAUUCUCUGUCUAUCAAUCAUGUUUUCUAUGUCUGUUGUAUAUCCCAGAUAUGCAAAGGAUGAAGAGAACAAAAAUCUCAAGUAUAAAUAAGCAGGCAAAAUAAAUGAGGAAAGAAACUAAA